AUGGUCAAGACUUCCGUUCUGAGUGAUGCGCUCAACGCCAUCAACAACGCCGAGAAGGCCGGAAAGCGACAGGUCUUGAUCCGACCUAGCUCCAAGGUCAUCGUCAAGUUCUUGACUGUGAUGCAGAAGAAGGGCUACAUCGGUGAAUUCGAGGAAGUUGACGACCACCGAUCCGGCAAGAUUGUCGUCCAGCUGAACGGCCGCAUCAACAAGACUGGUGUCAUCUCCCCCCGGUACAACGUCCGUCUGGCCCACCUCGAGAAGUGGGUUGUCAAGCUGUUGCCCUCGCGUCAGUUCGGCUACAUCAUCCUGACCACGUCGGCCGGUAUCAUGGAUCACGAGGAGGCCCGAAGAAAGCACGUCGCUGGCAAAGUCAUCGGUUUCUUCUACUAA